GCGCGAGCGGAGCUGGGUCCUGUCAGGCGAGAGCUGGUGGCCUUCAAAGAAGCGCUAAAAUGGAAACAAUGAACUACAGAGAACUAAAGAGAUUCCUCACCCUAUCCUCAUUUCCACCCAGAUUACACAGGUCAAGAAGAGAAGGAAUAGAAUAGAAAAGAGUCUGUGAUACCAACUUCAUGUCAAAUAAAGAAAUCACAGUUUAUGAUGGGCCUUCUCCUUUUGGUAUAUGUUCAAUUUGAAGAAAACUAUACAGAUUUUUAAAACUAUCCAAUAUCUCCGCAAUGAGAAACACAAGCAAGGACCUGACUCUACCUACCAGUCGCUAUGCCCCUUGUGACUGGUAUUACCAUAUUCCACUGAAAAAAUCUGAGAAGACCUCAGAAGUUGUACUCCCUCCAACAUCUCAGAUUCCAGGCCUGAGUGAACUUGCAGAACCACAUAAUGAGAUUUCAUUUGGAUCCCGCAGAAACUGGAUAAAAGACACCGACUCCGAAUACGUCAAACUUGCAAAACAAGGCGGCAGACCUGAUUUAUUGAAACAUUAUGCUGCUGGUUCAAGAAAAGGAUCUCCUGUUGCAUAUUCUAUGCCUGAAUGGUAUACUCAUCACAGUAAACCACCAACAGCAGAUCAGAAAGAAAUUCACGUAUCUUCCAUGCCAGAGUAUAUGAUUUAUGAAGAGUUUAACCCUGAGCAGGCCAAUGGCAGCUAUGAAUCUAAAAGGGGACCUUUUGAUUUUGAUAUGAAAACAGUUUGGCAGAGGGAAGCUGAGGAACAGGAAAAGGAGAAAAAAAAGGUGAAACUGCCAGCCAUUAACUCAAAGUAUGCAAGCAGAGCAGGAACUACUACUGGUUCUAAAGAUAACAAUGCAAGGAAUAGGCUUUCAUUUCCUCCUAUGCCUGGUCACAAAACCAAUGAACCAACAAACUUCACGAAGCUAAUUAGCAAUGGUUAUAAGGAUGAGUGGUUACAACAUCGUGGAGACACAGGGAAAAAAUCUCCGCCAUUAUCUAAAGUUUCGGAGGUACCUGAAACACCUGGGACUGCUCUGUUGCCUCAAGAUUCAGAGGUUCUAGAAAGUGCCGAGAGGCUCGAAGGUACACCAGUAUCUGAGUCUGGAGAAACACCAUCAGAACUCAAAUGA